CACUGAGAAGAGGCUUCAUUAAAACUUGUUGUUUGCAUCGAGUAGUGUUCUCUUCCUUCCAGUUGUUCAUGCAGUUGUUAAUUCCACUUUUUUUAAAGAUUAGAUAGAAUAGACUCUCAUGCAAAAUGGAAGAUAAAGAAGAGCGCAUUGAAACUCCGUUAGUGGCGAUUGUGAUUGAUGCCACUCCUGCCAAAAAAUUCGCAAGUCAAGCAAUAAUUGAUAAUGGAUCUACAAUGAUGAAUAGAAUUUUUGAUGCCUUGAUUGGAUUUGGAAAUGCCCACUUGAUGCAAGGUUCUCACAACAAACUGGCGGUCAUUGCCUGCAACAGCAAGUCUACAAAGUUUUUGUACCCUUCUGAAAAUGGGAAUUCUAAAUCCUACCAUAACCGACCUGGGCAGUAUGACAUGUUUGCAAAAGUUGAUUCUGAUAUUCGUCAUGGCCUUUCAGAGCUAAUCUUGAACGAUUCAAUUGACCAUGAUUCUACUACAUCAGACUCAUUAUUAGGGGGAGCUAUGGCUCGUGCUCUGUGCCACAUUCAUAAAGUUCAAAGGGAACUUAGUUUGAGUCAUCAGUUAAAACCACGCAUACUUGUUGUUAGUGGCAGUUCGGACAGUGCUCUGCAGUACAUGACCUUUAUGAAUGUGUUCUUCACAGCUCAGAAAGAGAAUGUUGUGAUUGACUGUUGCAUGAUGGAUACUGAUUCUGGAUUACUACAACAAGGCUGUGACAUAACUGGAGGGCAAUACUUACGAAUUCCUACUGUUGUUGGAUUACUGGAGUAUUUGCUGUGGGUUUUCCUUCCAGGUCCAUCUUGUAGAUCCAAAAUUGUCUUGCCACCUCCUACUAAAGUUGAUUACAGAGCAGCUUGCUUCUGCCACCACAAACUAGUUGAUAUUGGAUGGGUCUGCUCUGUUUGUCUUUCAAUUUUCUGCAAAUUUAGCAUCAUUUGUACCACAUGCAACACAGAAUUCAAACUUAAUAGAACUGCAAUCGUACCCUCCAAACCGAAGAAGCGUCCUCGAAUGGAAUAAAUGGAAGAUGCAGUGAAAGAUUAAUUAUUGCCCCAUAAAGCUCUGAAGCUCAAUUUAACACUUUCCUGUACAUUUCCGUGGCAUACAAAGAGAAAUUGUUUUGUACAUGA